AUGUCAACUCCACUUCGAAGCUAUGCAAGCUACCUCUCAAAGCUUCAAGACACAAGGAAACAAAUCCGCCCCAUUUUGCAAUCUCGUCGAAGAGCUGAGUUUCGUCAAAAAGCAGGCAAUGGAUCAGCCACCCCAUCAUCUAAAGAUAUUUCUUUCUAUUUAAGUAUCCUUAAAAUUUCAAUUUUUUUAUAAAGUAAAUCCUUUAUUUAUACUAGCAAGCUUAUGAUAUUUAUUUUACCAAUCUAUAUCAUAUUAGAACAAUAUGUAAAAUUCCACUCAACUUUUACUGGAAUUAACAAAAGUAAUUCUAGCUCGGACUUAGGCUUACAACGACUUACUCAUAGAGCAAAGUCACAAACUGUUACUGAGAAGUCAGAUCCAGAUUCAAAUUACCCCUUAACAGAAAUUGAAAAUGAAGAAUCAAAGAGUGUGUUUGAAGUAAGAAUUGCUAAUAGCUUACUCCCUUAUCUCUGAGGGAACAAAUAAUUUUGCUGGAGGGAGUUAAUUUUUUUAAAUUCGCAAAAAUUGGAAAGAAAAAUAAAUUGGUUUUAUGUUUUAAAAUGCAAGCUGUGUUUAAAUUUAGCAGACUUUGCUUGAGAUUUCACUAUACUAAUUGCCACUUAUAUAUCCAAAUAUUUUUCAUAAAAAUUUUUGUUCGCUUACAGAGGGUGAGUUUUUACCAUAAAAUAGUAAUUAUUUCAAUGGUUUUAUUCACUUAAAGCAGGAGGAGAAUUAGAAAAAAUCGAAGCAGACUUAGCAGCAUUUAAAAAAGAAGCUUCAGUCCUUACAGAAAAAAAUCCUAAUAGAAUCCAAAUAGAAAUUUUAUCAUGAACCCAAUAUGAAAUUUUUGAAAAAUUUAGUGUAGAGCCGUAUUUUUGUAAUAAAAAUAUAACAAGUUAUUACGCUGAAGAAAAAUUGCGAUUUCGGACUGAAGAGCAUUAUGCCAAAGCGGAAAGUAAAAUAAUGGUGCAAAAGGUCAUGAAUUUUGUGGAAGAAGACUGGGAUAUAAGCAAAGAGAAGGAAAUUAGGUAUAUGACGACACCACUUAUGAGGAUUGAUGAAAGUUUUUUUCAAGAAGAGGAUUUGGAGUAUCCAAAAGAGCUUGAUAGCUCACAGAUAGGAAUGAAUAAUUCACAGAUGGAGGGGUAUAAUUCGCAAAUAGAGAUGGAUGACUCGCAGAUAGAGAUGGAUAAUUCACAGAUAGAGAAUUUACAGCUAGGGAUGGAAAAUUCACUGUUGGGGAUGAAUAAUUCUCAUGCAGAAUUGUGGAUUGACGAAUAUGUAGAAUUUGGACUGUUUUAUAAGCCAAUUGUGAAUAUUUUGGAGUCUAGAAUAAGACCUUCAAUAGCAAUGCGUAAUAAGGAAAUAAAAGUAGAAACCAAAGAAUACUGGAUUUUUGAAGGAAAACCUAUCAUUCAGCCUGUACUCGACAUAAAACCUAUGAGCUGUCCACCCAUCCCCAAAUCAGAUAAAAAACAAAUUUUCACUCGUGAAAUCAGCACCGAAAUUUCAGAAAAAAAUAUUAAAAUCCUAACCAGUCAAGCUUUACAAACAGAGCCAAUUUCUAUAUACCCAGACCAUCAAAAUUUGUUAUCCACAAUAGAAGUUCAAUCUGACCUUUCCCAAUUUUUCAGUGCAGUAACUCCAGUUCCAGGCCUUUUACCAUCACAAAACCGCUAUUCUCCAUUUCUUGAUUCUUCUUAUUCUAUUGAUUUUCACGACGAGCCUCCAAUCAUCGAAAAAUCACAAAAUUCAGAAGCCCCGCUGACACCUCAAAGCGAGUUUUCUAACACUUCUUCACAAGUUUCAUUCUCUGACCCAAUUUUUGAUAAGGACGAAGAAGAAAUCAAAAUUAAAAUUACACCAAAAACACCUGUUUUAAGGCCAACAGACAAGGAGUUUUCAUCAAUAAAAAUCCAAGCUCUGGUAAGAGGCUGGCUUACAAGGAGAAGAAUUGCUGCUUCUUUUAGGUAUUUAUUAGAAUAUCAAAGAGAAAUCAGACUAAGAAAUGCGCUGCUGGCUAUAAGGUUUUCAUGAAAUGGCCAUAAAAUAUUAUCUCCUACAUAUAUGAAUAUUUAUUAAUAAAAAUAUAUUUAUUAAUAUUUAUAGGAAAAUGGUAUAAGAGCUUUAAAAAAAUGAAAUUCCAAAAUAAAAGCUGAAAAAGAAAAACUAAGACAAUCAUUUGUAAAUUAUUCAGCAAUUUUUAUUCAGAGAAACUGGAAAGGGUACAAAAUCAGAGCAAAAUUUGGAGAGAUUCUUAGAAAAAGAAAAUCAUCAAUAAAUAAAAUAAAAAGUCUCGUUUUAGGCUGGAAAACCAGGGAAAUCCUCAAGUUAAAAAUGAUAAAAAAUCAUAAAACAGGGAUUCAUGAUGCUUUAGCUUUGCAAAAAGAUUUAUUGAGCUCUAAAGAAAACAAUCUAUUAUUAAGCCAAAUUUCAAAUCAAUUGCCGACACUGAGACAUAGAUUUAUGCAGGAUUUUAAGUCAUUGUUUUGGACUGGAGAAUGGGUUGGGAUGAAAAGGACUCAAAUUAACUCAACUCUGACGUCACCCAGAAGUUUCCAUGACAGUCUAGUAAAUUUGACACCAAAAAGAGAAUCAUAUAGAAAUUCUCCAUUUCUAAGCCCAAAUAACAAAAACUAUGAUGAUAUCCCAAUAAGAGCAAGAAAUUAUGACGAGAUGCCACUAAAAGUAAAAAAUUUUGAGGACUUGCCAAUAAAACCUAUGCAAAAUACAUUUAUGGAAGCACUGGAAGAAAUACCAGUGCAGCAGGCUAAAGCUCCUCAGAAAAAAUUUUCUAAUUUUUUAAAGAGAGGGACUAGAAAUUCAUAUGCUCCUAAGCCAAAUAAAUCAUCUGAAAGUAAUACUGAAGAACAAACAAUAAAUGAAGAUAAAGUUGUAGGCGAAGAAAAAACAGCAAGAAAUGAAGAAAAGAUAGCUAAGGUUGAUGAAAAAACAGCCAGAAAUGAAGAAAAAACAGCUAGAACUGAAGAAAAGGUAUCCAGAAAUGAAGAAAAAACUCCGAAAAUUGGAGACAAAACGCCCAAAAAAUCAUUCGCGGCCCGAUCUGAAGAAAAAACUCCAAGGUUUGAGCUAAAACUUGACAUAAAAAAAUCUGAAGAAAAUGAGCAGCAAAAAGAAAUUUGUGAGCCAAAGCAGCAUCCUCUAAACGAGCCUUCUCAACAAGAAGAAAAGCGUCAAGAAGAAGCUCGAGCUAAAACUUUCCUCAAGCGAAAAUCUCAAAGCAUUAAACCCCAAAAAUUAGAAUGAAAAGUCGAGCGAAAAAUUGACUGCUGGGUAUCCAAAGAUGUACUGAUCAAGAAAAAAACUCCACAAAGCAGAAAUUUAGGCAGAAAAUCGAUUGAGGAUAGGAGAUUAUUAACACUAGAAGAACUCGAAGAUAUUUUUAAUGACAUGAUUCAAACGUCAACUGAUACCUUGGCAUUUUUGAAAAAACCUGAAAGAUGCUUGGUAAAGACGAGGAUUCCGCAGAUUAGGUAUUACUCAAUGUUUGUCACUCAUUAUAAAGAAGAUAACUACCAAGAGCUGCUUGAUGCGCUGCAGCAGCAUUAUUCAUACCUAUGCAACGACCAAUUUGAGGUUUAA